UGGGUUGGGGAAAAAAUAAUUUCGGGUCUUUCUAACAGAUGGUGUUAGAGUUGUAUGUUUCUAGUAAUGAUUAUUCAGUGAAGUCAUUCUAGAGCAUGUUUAGAAGUUUCGAGUCUAUAGAACAUUUUAAAGCGCGAAUUAGCGUCAUUUGUUUACUUAUUCAAAAAUUAUUGCGUAUUGAUUAUGGAGAUUCCAGAAGGCCACUUUCGUCACAUUUUACUUUUUUACUUCCGGAAAGGAAAUACUGCAGCCCAGGCUCAUCGAAAAUUGUGUAGUGUUUAUGGUGAUGACUGCUUACGUGAACGCCAGUGUCAGAAUUGGUUUGCUCGAUUUCGUUCCGGAAUCUUCGAUCUUAAAGAUGAACCUCGCCCUGGUCGGCCAACCGUUGAAAAAGUUGAUCAAAUUCUUAAUGAAAUCGAGGUAGACCGAUAUAUUUCAUCUCGUGACAUUGCUGUGAAACUAAACGUCGACCAUAAAACAGUUUUGAACCAUUUACAUAAGCUUGGAUACCAAAAGAAGCUCGAUACUUGGGUUCCACAUGAAUUAACAUUGAAAAAUUUAAUGGACCGAGUUUCCAUUUGUGAAUCCCUGCUGAAACGAAACGAAAUCAAGCCAUUUUUAAAACAAAUGAUUACGGGCGAUGAAAAGUGGAUCACGUACGACAGUAAGGUGCGAAAGAGAUCGUGGUUGAAGCCCGGAGAAACUUCACAAACAGUAGCGAAGCCCGUAUUGACGCCAAGGAAGGUGAUGUUGAGUGUUUGGUGGGAUUGGAAGGGUAUUGUUUAUCAUGAGCUGCUCGAACCUGGCCAAACCAUUAAUUCAACUAUCUACUGUCAACAACUAACGCGAUUGAAGCAGGCGAUGGAAAAAAUUCGGCCAGAAUUGAUCAAUAGGAAAGGCGUUGUCUUCCAUCACGACAAUGCUAGACCGCACAUAUCUUUAGUGACUCGUCAAAAGCUGAUAGAGUUUGGCUGGGAAGUUUUAAUGCAUCCACCGUAUAGCCCUGACCUUGCCCCGUCGGACUAUCAUUUGUUUCGGUCUCUGCAAAACUCUCUUAAUGGUGUAAAGUUGGUUUCAAAAGAGGCUUGUGAAAAUCACUUGGUUCAGUUUUUCGCCCAAAAACCUCAGAAAUUCUACAGUGACGGAAUUAUGAUUUUACCAGAAAAGUGGCAAAAGGUCAUCGAUCAAAACGGCACAUAUAUCAUUGAUUAGUGUUAGAAAUUUAUAUUAAUAAAUUAACUUUGAAAAACAUUAAAAAACCGAAAUUAUUUUUUCCCCAAACCAA